UCAAGAGAACAGGAAACCCAAGUUGACGGGAAACCCAAGUGACAUUUGGUUUUAAUGAAUGUCUUAAAACCCCAAUAUUGCUCGCCAGGAAAUGGGGAGAGGAAAUUCAGUGAUGUUUUGAGAGUAUAAAUUAGGGGCUCCAUCAAGGUGAAGGCUGCAGAUCGGCUUUUUACCCUCCUGCGAAGUUCAGCAGAGAGCUGGACGGGGAGGAAAGCAGCUGGUUUUCACAGGAUGCAAACCUGCUCAGCCCUGGUCUUGCUGCUCCUGGCUGCCAGCACCCUGCCUGCCCGGUGCUCGCCCGCCGAGCCCGGCUGCCUCCACUUCUCGGAGACCCUGCCUGCAAAGCUCAAAGAGCUGAGGAUCAAGUUCGAGGAAAUUAAGGACUAUUUUCAAUCGAAAGAUGAUGAACUUAGCAUCCAGUUGCUCAGCUCCGAACUGCUGGACGAAUUUAAGGGGAGCUUCGGCUGCCAGUCGGUGUCGGAGAUGAUGCGGUUCUACAUGGAGGAGGUCCUGCCCAGCGCCAUGAGGACCAGCACGCACCACCAGCAGAGCAUGGGCGACCUGGGCAACCUGCUGCUGAGCCUGAAGGCAACGAUGAGGCGCUGUGUGAGUGGGGCUCCGCGCCACGGCGGGCUCGCCCAGGGGAGCUUCGGCUGCCAGUCGGUGUCGGAGAUGAUGCGGUUCUACAUGGAGGAGGUCCUGCCCAGCGCCAUGAGGACCAGCACGCACCACCAGCAGAGCAUGGGCGACCUGGGCAACCUGCUGCUGAGCCUGAAGGCAACGAUGAGGCGCUGU